AGUUACUCUGUCUUCUUGGAAGCCUUGGAACUCUAAACUCUUUUCUUUAGAGAUCUUGGUGAAGGUGAAGCUACUAAAUACACCAUAAGGCAAAACCUGAGGAUCCUCAAACAGAUUACACUGAGCCAUUAAUCUUUCAUUUCGAGAAGCAGAAAUGAUCUGGGAGUAGGAGAUUCGCUGUUGAGUUGUUGGACUCAGUUUAAUUGCGGUCCAGUGUUGUUAGUAAGCUCAUUUGGCUUUUCAUGAAGGAAAACCUUUUGCUCCUUAUGUGACAUGCAUGAGUACUGAAUUCAACCAAUAGUACGUGACAUUUUAACAAAUGAGUUCUCAGUUAAGGGCUGAGAACGUUUCUUCCCAAAAAAAUUACCAAUAUUAUUCUGGAUUUCCGGUGGCUGGGAUGAGUCAAUUAGUAGGCUACUCUUCAAUGCAAGCCUCUCAGAAAUAUGGGAAUUCAAAUGGGUCCCAUAGAUCGUAUUAUCAGCCUGUGCAAGAGGUUGAAUCCUAUUGUUUGUCUCAGGGCUUCCAAAAUUUGGACCAGCAAUGCUCCAAAGAUAGCAACCAAGAGAGCAACUUCCACGUUCAAACUUCUCAUGAAGAGUACUGCACCCUGGACUCAUCCUCGGCAACUGGCAGUUACACAGUCUACAGUUCCCCAUCCAGCCUUAGUUUCUCUCCUAAUGGGAGUCCCAUAUCACAGCAAGAUUCUCUCUCCUACCCAUCAGAUCCACAUCAUUCCCCUGAUUAUGCCUAUGGAUCUCCAAUAAGUAGUUCUUGCAUAACAGAUGAGGUCAAUGAUCUAAGACACAAGCUGAGAGAACUUGAAACUGCAAUGUUGGGGCCAGAUUCAUAUGUUGUGGACAGCUUCCAUGAAACCUUUGAUGGUGGAGCUGACCAAACCUCAUUGGAGACAGAUAAAUUGAGUCAAGUGUUGGAGAUGAUCUCCAGAGGAGAUUUGAAACAGUUGCUUAUUGCUUGUGCACAAACUGUAGCAGAUAACAAUCUAACAACAGCAGAUUGGUUGAUGACUGAGUUAAGGCAACUGGUGUCGGUCUCAGGGGAACCAAUCCAGCGUUUGGGUGCCUACAUGUUGGAAGGUCUCGUUGCAAGGCUGGCAUCUUCCGGAAGUUCAAUCUACAAAGCACUAAGGUGCAAAGAACCUGCGAGUGCUGAGCUCCUAUCAUACAUGCACAUCCUCUAUGAGGUCUGCCCAUACUUCAAGUUUGGAUACAUGUCUGCCAAUGGUGCCAUUGCAGAAGCUUUGAAGGGUGAAAACAAAGUCCACAUCAUUGACUUUCAGAUUGCACAAGGCAGUCAGUGGAUCCCUCUCAUCCAGGCUCUUGCAGCCGCCCACCCUGGUGGGCCCCCACACAUCCGCAUCACGGGUAUUGAUGAUGCCACCUCAGCUUAUGCCCGAGGAGGAGGACUCGAUAUCGUAGGGCAGAGGCUAUCAAGGCUUGCUGAGUCAUGCCAUGUGCCCUUCGAGUUUCAUGCAGCAGCCAUGUCUGGUUGUGAGGUUGAGCUUGAAGAUCUCUGUAUCCGACCUGGGGAGGCACUUGCAGUGAACUUUGCAUUCAUGCUGCACCAUAUGCCAGAUGAAAGUGUGAGCACUCAGAACCACAGGGACCGGCUACUGAGAUUGGUUAAGAGCUUGUCACCAAAGGUGGUGACCCUUGUAGAGCAAGAGUCGAACACCAACACUGCACCUUUUGUCCCACGAUUUAUCGAGACACUGAACUAUUAUACAGCCAUGUUUGAGUCAAUUGAUUUGGCACUACCGAGAGACGACAAGGAAAGGAUUAAUGUGGAGCAGCACUGCCUAGCACGGGAUGUGGUCAACAUCAUAGCAUGUGAGGGUGCUGAAAGAGUUGAACGGCAUGAGCUUUUUGGCAAGUGGAGGUCACGAUUCACAAUGGCUGGGUUCACUUCAUACCCAUUGAGCUCCUCGGUAAAUGCCGCCAUCAAAACUCUAUUGGAGAAGUACUCUCCUAACUACAGACUCGAGGAGAGAGAUGGUGCUCUAUAUCUCGGCUGGAUGAACAGAUCUUUAGUCACCACUUGCGCUUGGAAGUAAAUAUUUAGCAUUUCAUAGGCUCCUCUCCCGUGUCCCGUCCUUUUGUAGCACACUGAGAUUAAAAAAAAACACAUGUAAUCUUUUUACAGCUAGCUGAAAGCCUGAACUGAAAGUGUUGUUGACUUGUUAUUAGUUUCCAACUUAGGUAUGGUAACACUCAA